GCCCCGCGGCUGCUGAGGGCGACGACGACGAGGAGGAGAAAAGUUCAGGCUUCUUCAUGCCUCCUGAAGCCGCCACACCAGUUCAGCCCGGCGAGCAGCCCAACGAGGCCCCACCCAAGGCCGGCUCUGGGAGUGGCUCCGCGUCGAGCGGGCGGGCGGGCAAGUUGAGCCGCCAGCCGGGCUUCGUCCCGGGCGCCUGCUGAGGGGCUCGCUCGUCUUCUCCAGCUCCGCCCGGGGGGGCCUCCGCCGCAGCUCCAACAGGCAUGAGCUGGAGGUGGAAGUAAAAUUCAACAGAGGCCUUACUUCCUGUAGGAAUGGCUGCCGCGUUCUGGGAGAACUGGUCCUUUGUGCAUUUCCGAUAUGGCCACAUCUUUCAGCCUCCUGAGCCAAGCAGAGCCCUGCUGCUCAUCAUGCUUGGGAAAGUCUUGCUCAAUCUAUUCCUUCUGAGAGUCAGAAGACAGACUCUACGUGAGAGCUUUAUGGUUCACUUCUGCAUUUCACUGGCCCUCCUGGACUUGGUGCUCCUGGCAACCAUGUCUUUCAUCUUCUACUUCCGCGACUUCAUGCUUUUGGGGAUCCGGUUCACCACAUACCACAUCUGCCUUUUGGGUCAGAUUAUGGCCCUUACCUACGGGGUCUUACAUUACCCCAUUGCUUUGAUGGCUGCCUUGGAUUAUUACUUGAUAAUCACGAGAACUUCUCAGCUUCCAAAGAUGUGCUGGAGAUUGUUGUACACAGUCAUUGUGGUCUUAACGUGGAUUUCAGUUCUCUGUUACGUUCUGACAUUGCCGAGCAGCACCAUGGGGCCUGACCUUUACAGUUCUGAAUACCAGUGCCCUUUUUACAUCAGCAGUCAGAGCUACUGGCUCUCACUAGGUAUGCUGUUGAUCAUCUGUCUGGUUUUUGUAGUGCGGUGGUCAGAAGUGAAGGAUAUGGUGCAGCCAAUUAAGCUGAUUUGGUAUCGGGACGAGGCUGUGCUGUUCUUCCCUCGUGUGCCUGAAUGCAGCCCCCGAGACUGUGCGAAGCAUUUCUUGACCCGCCUGCUAGUCUGCUUUCUUGGCAACUGGGCACCUUUUGUCCUCCUCCAAAUGCUCAUUGUGUCACUCGACGUUCAGAUUCCCGCCUACAUAGAGAUGAACGUUCCGUGGCUUUACUUCGUCAACAGUUUUCUCAUUGCAGUUGUGUAUUGGAUCAGGUGUCGGCAGAUGAAGCUGACCGAAGAAGUCUGGGAUGUUGACCCGUUUGUCAGCUGGAAAUUCUGCUUUGUCCCUUCCCACUCUCCAAAUACAGAUGAAGCUCAAAAACCCACUAGCGAAAUUGUGAUCUGUUAGCAGUCUGCUGUGGGAGAAGUGUGCUGAUUCUGCACAAUACUUGAGCAUUGUGUGUUGGUUGUGAACUUAGAUGAAAGAAUAGUACACAAAUGUAACUAUUUAUGAGGGAGAAAAGUGACACCCAUGGUGCUACGAGGCCAUGAUGUACUGCUUCUGUGUGUGAUUUCCAGUACAGGUUCUCAUUUCAAAAUAAAAAAUGGACAGAAACCUAUGAUCUCCCUUCUAUUGUUAUUAGUAAUCAGAGUUUUUGGAUCACAAGGAAUCUAUUGUCGCCUAAGCCCUCCCAGCCAAACUAAGCUAGAAUUCUCCAUUUUUAACAUCCCACUCCAGAAGUGAAAUGCGGCGCCCCUUAUCCCUUGGUGCUACUCAAGCCACUGACCCCCUGUCCAUUGCAGAAGAUCAGGCUUGCCAAGCAAUGAAGAACUUCAAGAUCAGGAAUAUCUUUGCCCGCAUAUUUCCUUGCCAGGCACUUAUCAACAGAUGAGGACUUGGUCCAAAGUCACCAGCCAUGGCAAGGUGAGAUUAGAAAAUACAAGGAAAAUUCUCUCAGGGAUGCUGCUUUCUAGAAGACUUUGCCGAGGAACGCUUGCUGGGCUAAGUUGGAAACAUUGGCUGAGGAUAAUCUUUGGUAACACCCAGCGUUGUUUUAUGUCUGUUAUUAUAAAUGUGUGUGUGGGUGUGUGUGUUUAGGUUUUGUUUUUGCUAUUUGAUUAGUUUUAUUGUAAAAAAAAAAACUGCACAGGGCUGUAAGUUGGAACAUCAGUUUGAAAUAACAAGUGGCCGUUGCUGUUUCUUGUUUCAGAGAUGACAAAGGGAUUAAAUGACCAAACUAGA